GUCCUGAAGCAGGAUUACAGCAGCAGAUCUGCAGCUAUGGCUGACACUUUACGACGACUGGUCAACUCAUCUCCAUAUGGCGUUUUGCAGGACAAACUGGAAGCUUGGUACAAAGACUAUCAUGUGUUCUCUUGUGACCAGAACCUGAAUAGGUGCUGUGAGCUAGUGGAGCUCACCUCUAAAAUUCAGGGUCAAUUGUUCACCAUACUCAACCUUACAGCACAAGAAGGGGGACAUUAUUCAGGUGUUGACACACUGAAAUCUCGCCUUUUGCCAUGGCUUGGCUCUUGCUUCACCAUUGCAGCUUCGUCUGUCUCCACAGAUACCAGCCUUAGCCUCAUUCAGGAAUCUAUGGAGAAAGAUCGGAAGAUUCGUGAACUAUCCUCAGUUCAUGAGAGCGACAUGCAGAAAAUAGAAGACAAGCUGUGUUCUACACGUAUGGAGUUGGAUACAGUUAAACAGGAGCUUGCUGACACCCAGAUUGAACUGGACUCCACAAAGAAUAAAUCUGCAACCACCCUGUUGGCCACAGAGGAUGAAAUACUACAUCAAAAGGCAGAGUUGCGAGUUGCUCAAGAUCAGGUUGAUCUGUAUAAGAGAAAGCUGGAUGUACUUGAUGACUAUGAGAGGCAGGUCAGAAUCCUACGAGACGAGAUCUCGGUUCUCACCGCUGAAAAAACUGUUCUACAGGAGAGAUUGGUCAGGAGCCGUUCACCUAGUCCUCUUCCCCGCCGGAGUCGCUCCGUUAGCCCUGUGAGGGGUGAGUCUCCUACACGCGCACAGCUCACCAGUUCCUCUCGGCACGCGCGGCUGGUGUCCCGUUUCUCAGACCUGUACGUCACAGAGAGACUGGAGUCCCAGAGUCUCCUGCGCAGAUACAUUGACGACCUGGAAACAGUCCAGAGGAUCCUUUUUAUCGCUGUUGUGGAAUCAUUUCAGGCUGCUAAGAUGGCCUAUCGGCAGUUUAAAACGCGUGUGAGGAAGACACUUUCCUCCACUCACAUUGGUCCUGAGAGUCUGGAGGAUGCAGUGGUGGAUUACAUUGUGAGAAAUCUGGAUCUGUAUGAUGUGCAGACAAGCGUUAAUGAUGUGAUCAACGCGAUGAAUGUAAACCCACGCAUCUCUUUCCCUCCCGAGGUGGACUUUGUUCUGAUCAGUAGCUUCAUUAGGGAAGCAUGUCGAAUAGCAUUUGCUAUGCAGACUCUGGACCCAGCACUGGACCUGGCCUUCAGCUCAGAUGGAGAACUCUACAGUGACGUUAAGUACAGGCGCAGCUUUGACUCGGAGUUCACCGCUCCGCUUGUGGCGUAUCACUUGUGGCCUGCACUGUUGGAGGGAGACACUGUCAUACUGAAGGGAGAGGCGGUCACUAGGAGAGGAGCUCUGUGGAGAAGCAGGAGUCGUAGCUCCAGUCCUGUUCGCUCUCGCUCAGGAAGCCCCAGCCGCACAUUUUCUGUGGAUGCCCAGUCGUAGUCGAAGCCCUUCCCCUGGACGUCUCUCAAGUAAUCGACUUUAAAGUUUGAUACCUGACCUCACUUCACGCUGGAUACAGAACCAAACAGAAGCAGAUUAAUCAAAACAUAAUUUUUUCCCCCCAGUUUUAACAUAUUCUUUUCUAUGUGUGGGACGAAUUAGAAACUUAAGUGGAAAACAAUUACCUUUAUUACUGACUCAGUAUUUAUGAAGAAUGGAGUCAUUUGUCAUUUUUAAACAGAAAGCACUAUUUACAAGCUCUACACUAAUAUUUUCUGAGUGGACUGCACUUAACUUGACUGCACUUGAUUUGAUUGGCCAGUUAAACCUUAAUUAUAUUUGAUCAGCACCAUGAAUAUGCAUUAUACUGAUCUGUGACUCAAAGUGAGGGAACAGCACUCUAAACGUUAACAUUUUACUCAGUGAGUCUAACAGGACCAUUGCACAUUACACUACCAUUUUUUAAUUAAUAUUUUUAAUAAACUUUUGAAUGGU